GACACUGAACACAACACACUCGGUGAGUUUGGCAUCCUGGUACUUCCUCAAUGUGUUUGGACUGAGGAGCAUGUACAGCCUCAUACUGGGACAGGACAACGCUGCUGACCAGUCACGGCUCAUGCAGGAACAGAUGGCAGGUGCUGCCAUGACGAUGCCCCCUGACCCCAACAAGGCUUUUAAGAGUGAGUGGGAGGCGCUGGAGAUCGUGGAACAUAAGUGGGCGCUGGAGAACGUGGAGGAGGAGCUGAUGUCCAGAGACCUCAACUUUGGAAACUUCUUUAGUCAGGACAUCAAGUCCCCCAUGUUGUAGGAGGACGAGGACCCACGAGCUCUGGAGCUCCUGCGUCCGGUUGGCAAACUUGGGAUGUGCAGGUUCUGUGAUAGCUCUAAAGGCUCUGGAACACACAGACUCUCUAAACAAAUAAAACAAUUCAGUCACCCUCCGGCUUUUCAUGAGCCCCCAAAGGCCA